CAGCUCAAUGUUAUAGCGUUUCAGGAAACAGGGUGAGCUUCGUUUUGCAAAUGAUAUUACACCAUCAUGUCGGCAGAUCACAGUAAGGUAACAUCCAUGGACGUGGACACAGCUUUUCUCAAAUCCAAGAGGGGGAUCCUGAAAACAGCAGAGAUGGCGACUCUGUUUGUGGCAUUUGUGUGUUUCACCGUAGGAUCCAGACCAAAUUACAUUGCAGCCACAGUGCUGGAGUUUCUGAUCACCACAUUGCUGCUGUUGCUGUACAUGCUCAAACUCAACAAGAGGCUGACCUUCUUCUUUUGGCCUCUCGUUGACCUUUUCAAUUCAGUCUUUGCAGCAGUCUACUUUGUUGUCUUGAGCCUGAUGGCUGUAAUCACGUACACUUUCACAGGAACACUGGUUGGAGGGAUAGUUGGUUUCAUCUCAGCUGCUCUGCUCUGUAUGGACAGCUACACACUUUUCAGGGACAUCACGUUCAACAGGCCAAGAAGUGACACCCAGAAUCAAGACAACAAAUGAAUCAAUCAAUUACAGUAAAUGAAUGCAGUAUGCUAUGUGGGUAUUAACAAAUUCAAAUCCCCCCACCACUGAUGAUUUUCCCAUGAGUUGUGACGUCGUUGAAUGACUGAACUUACUGUAAAACUGUACUGUACAAUAUGUUUCACCACUUCAAAGGUUGUAGAAGUUUUCAACAUAUUUAAGAUUCCAGUUGUAAUUUAAAAUAGGAUGAUGCUGUGACUUAUAGGUAAAAUGUUAGUUUUCUUUUUUAAUUGACAUAAAUAAACAGCAAGGGUCAAUAAAGUUUUUUUUUUUUUU